AGAGGCGCCGGCCAGCAGCUGCGGAGACCAUCCUGGUGGUGGCGGCCCCAGACUGCGCUCGGGUGGGAGACCCCAGGGCCCUCCCCACCACCCGCAUUGUCCAUGGACUUUGUGGCUGGAGCCAUUGGAGGCAUCUGCGGUGUUGCUGUGGGCUACCCCCUGGACACAGUGAAGGUCAGGAUCCAGACGGAGCCCAAGUACACCGGCAUCUGGCACUGUGUCCGGGACACGUAUCGUCGAGAGCGGGUGUGGGGCUUCUACAGGGGCCUUUCGCUGCCCGUGUGCACGGUGUCCCUGGUCUCAUCCCUGUCGUUCGGCACCUACCGCCGCUGCCUCUCACACAUCUGCCGGUUCCGCUACGGCAGCGCCGACGCCAAGCCCGCCAGGACUGAUGUCACACUGUCAGGCUUCGCCUCUGGCCUCGUCCGAGUGUUCCUGACCUCGCCUACUGAGGUGGCCAAGGUCCGCCUGCAGACGCAGACGCAGGCGCAGGCGCAGACGCAGACGCAGCAGAGGCGGGGGUCCUUGGCUUCGGCGGCGGCGCCCCCCGUGUGUCCUGCGCCCCCCGCAGGCCAGGUGCCUGGGCCCAAGUACCGCGGGCCGCUGCACUGCCUGGCGACGGUGGCCCGUGAGGAGGGCCUGCGGGGCCUCUACAAGGGCAGCUCGGCCCUGCUUUUCCGGGACGGCCACUCCUUCGCCACCUACUUCCUCUCCUACUCCAUCCUCUGCGAGUGGCUCACCCCCGCGGGCCACAGCCAGCCAGAUGUCUUGGGCGUGCUGGUGGCCGGCGGCUGUGCGGGAGUCCUCGCCUGGGCCGUGGCCACUCCCAUGGACGUGAUCAAGUCUCGCCUGCAGGCGGACGGGCAGGGCCAGCAGCGCUACAGGGGCCUCCUGCACUGUGUGGUGACCAGUGUGCGGGAGGAAGGGCCGCGGGUCCUGUUCAAGGGUCUGACGCUCAACUGCUGCCGCGCCUUCCCCGUCAACAUGGUGGUCUUCGUCGCCUACGAAGCCGCGCUGAGGCUCACGCGGGGCUGCUCAAGUAGUGGGUCCCGCCGCCCCUAGGGCCGAGCUGCGGGCAGCUUCUAGAGGUCGCAGUAGCUGGAGGAGGCAAAUGGGCGUUGCCCUACUAGAUCGUCACUCAGGACAGGCAGGAGCCACCCCGAAGACAGUCAGCUGGGGCCUGGACGUUGCCUGCCCAGCUACAGACCUAGGAAGCUUCAGGGGCCCAUCGUCACCAGUGUGGUGUUGGCCCUGAGGGUCACAGGAGUCAGGGAGGCGCAGCCUUGUGGAUGGGCACAUCCAUCUCCUGGAGUCGUGGGUGCAGGUGGUCAGCUGUUCCUUCCGGCCUCCGUCGCCUCUCCCCACCACCCACGUCCUCAGAGCCCCCCUGCGUCCACACAGCCACUCUCUCCUCCGCUGCCCUCCUGGCCACCCACCCUCAGCCCCACUCAGCUCUGCUGUGAGCGGGUGCUCUUCCCCCACCGUCCCUUCGGUGCAGCUCAGUGGGCUCCCCCGUCCCCCGCCCUGGCCGGGUUCCCGGCUUGGGCUGCCCAGAGGGGCCCUGGGAGCUGGGGAGGGCGGGUCCUGCACCCCCGCUCUGCCUGCAGACUCGGACGGGGACUGUGGUCAAUUAAACAUUUCUGAGGACCUUGA